AUGGCAAAUGUCCGAUUUGAUACAAAACAGGAAGAGGAGAUUGAGUAUCACACGGACAGCAAAAGUUUGAAUGCUUCUUUAUGGACCCAUAAACCUGAUCCAUCACUUGGAUAUGGAGACACUACGACUGGAAGCAACUUGUACACUGUGUUGAAGAAGUUUCUCAAUAAUGGCAGGGUUUCAUUAUGCGGAGCCCAAGUGUUGAUUGCAGUAAAACGGUAUCCAGAUGAAUCUAAUGUAUCUGAUAUUAUAACUCAACUACGAGCCAAUCAUGUGAUGGUGUACAUUGCUGUCGACAGUAUCCCAUCGGGUGGUUCCAAUUCUGCAACACUGUACGAAAUGUCAUAUCAAACCAAUGGAUACUGUGCUUUUGCCACCGGCUUUGAUCUCAAAUGGGCUUUUUACUGUGUAACCGCGAUAUUUGGCUGGCCUUACCAGUUUCUGGCUCAAAACUUCAUGGUUUCUGGAUCUGGUCGAAUCGAAAUACCGGCUAUCAAAACUCCUAUACUACCGGAAUCUACUGACAUGUGUAUAUUUGCAAUAACUAUUCAAAAUCACACACUCGACAACUCAUUUGUAUCCAUGAAUCAUACAAUUAUGGGUAGUGAUGGAUAUGAUGUUUAUAAAUAUCCGGGUGACCCUCUCUAUGGAACUGCACAAUCAAAUGGGGUUGCAUCUGAACGGAUCCCUCUCAUAUAA